UAUAGGAGAAAUGUAAUUGGCUCCUUUUGGGGCUGAAUUUCUGAUGAGCUGCUUUCUAAUAUACUAAUGAUAAAAUACAGUGUCAAGCUUCUGAAGGUUGCCCUAACUCGCUCUAUAAAGCAGUAUGCCUGCAAUGACCUUAGUAGAAAAUAGGUUGUUUUUCAGCAUUAUCCUAUUUUUAUUACAGCCGAUUCUAGUAAAGAUUUUUUUAUAGCAACUAACAUUGCAGUUUUAUUUUGUAGCAGAGUGAAUGUAAAAUUUUUGAUCAACAUUAAAUCAUAUAUGACCACUAUGGCUGCUUGAUGUUUCUCUUUCUCCUUUUCUUGCUUUGAUCCAGUUCACAUGCAUGCACUCACGACCUCUCUGUCCUUUUCUCUCCUUUUGCCUACCUGCAGUCCUCAUAUCCAACCACACAAUCCCCCACAGCUCCCCAAGAUAGACCCCCCUCGCCUAGAGACCCCCCCUCUGGUAUUCGCCCCAGUGGACCCCACCUCGGGUCCCAGACUGGUCAAAUGUGAGAGGUGGCCUCUCCUAGGGCGCCAAGACCCCAGGGAGCCCCCAGACCCCUUUGAUUACGAGAGCAUUAACCCUGAUUUGGAGAAUGAUGACAUGUUUGCCAGGCGAACCCUGGCCUUCCAGUCCAACACAGACUUAGCUAUGAUGAAGACUCAUCUGUCUGCCAACCGCCGCCUCUACACAUCUGAGCCGCAACUCAACAUCAUCACCCAACAACACCGCCGUGGCAGCACUGAGGAGAAGGAUUUCCCUGAUAUCGAGCAGGACGAUGUGGUUUAUCGUAAGGAGAAAACCCAGGCGGCUCAGCAACAGCGGCCACUCUCAGGAGCCCCUGACAACUAUGCCCCUAUGCCCAUCCCAGAGCCAUGGGCUCUGCCUCCUGAUCUCAAGGCCAGACUCCUCUGCCCUCCAUGUCCUCUGACCCAGGAUGCAGCAGCAAAUAAACAGAAUCGGGUUGACAAAGAGACGCGUCCUAAAACAGACGACAUGCUAAUCCGUAAACUUGGAAUUUGUUCUGAUCAGGUCCAGAACUCCCUGAGAGGCCAAUCAGCCAAUCAGAUCUCAGUACCUUCUUCCUGUAGUGAAGGUGACCUGCAGAGAUGGCAGGCUAUCAGGGAAGCCAGUCAGCUGAGAUAUAAGAAGAGGCUCAUGGUGGAGAGGCUGGCCGCUCUGAAGCUGUAAAGCAGAUUGCUAUAACAGUGCCUGUUAGUUUCUGAGUAGACUUUUUCUUCUAUUUUUUGUGUCUUUAUUGUUUCUGUGAAAACUCACAAGUGCCAUUUUCUUUCUGAUGGUGAAGUCUUUAUUAAAAAAAGAAACCUAAUUGGUACCUUCAGCAUUCACUGGAUCAGUCAUGAGUAUUUCAACACAAACAGCAAAGACGGAGCAGCAACAGCUCAGACCUUUUUCUUGUUUUAAAUGUUACCUCAAGAUUGAAAGAAGAAACUGUAAUGAAAGGCCCUAUGGCAUUGUCAUCAUAUGGCCAUUGAUUGUGGUGUUCUGCAUUAUGGAAAUAUUAUUGGUUUUAUCUUAGCGACACAAGGUUUGUAAAUGCUGAGUGGAUGAUCAGAUUGUGCAUUGAACCUAGUGCUACCGUGUUUUUGAAGUGUGAUUUUUGAACAAAACUAUACAAAUCUCUGACAUCAUCAACCAAAUAGUUUUGUGUGUCAUGAGCACUGUUAAACAGACCAGCAUUUUGUCUUUGGUUUUGUUGUGCAAUCAGACAGAGUUUGUCUGUGAAUGGAAAAAAAAUAUUCAACCUUAUUAAAGAAGAUGACUUCAUGA